AUUUUGCGUGUUGUAGGAAGCAGCUGCGAGCGUUGCAUAACACUGUAUCAUAUUUUAGUGAUUGUUUUAUGUAUUUUUAUGGUCGUUAAAACAUGGCUGUAGUUUUAAAUCCUCUCGUAAAGUGGGCGCAAGAUCGUAAUCAAGUUUAUUUGACUGUUGAACUAAGCGACGUCGUUGUAAACAGCUUGCAAAUCCAGGAGAAAACUCUGAAGUUCGAAGGUACAAAAACACGUGGAUUUGUGAUUUUGUUUAUACAAUAGGUCAUAAUACUUGUAGUUGCACCAUGCUAAAUUGUCGGUUAAUUCAGAAGAGUGAUAAAGUAAUAUAUGGCAUAUCUACUUCACCAUAUUCAUUUAUAAGAAUAUUUUCAUGAUUUUAACUUGCCAUGCAGGCCCAAAGCUAUUAUUCUGUGACAUUUUCACCAUGGCAAAAUGAAGUUUUAAAAAAUCUUGCCAUAAGGUAUGUCACAUUAGACUACAGCAAGACUUAGUAUAAAAUUUGCUAAAGGAUACUGGGAAAUUCCUAAUAUGCUAGUCCAUGCUGGACCUUCUGACAGGGGUGUAGCUAGAGGGGGUGUGGGAGGGGUGUAACCCCCCCCCCAUUCAACACAGACUCGGAAAAUGUCUGCUAGAUUUGGCAAAUUGUUUUCGGAUUUAUCGGCAAAUUGUUUUCGUAGUCAGAGAAAAUGUUUGAGUGGCUUGGAAUAAAAAGUAAAAGUUAUAGCAAAUAUUUUGCUACAUUUACUGAAAAUUAUGGAAAAAGUUAACAAAUUAUGAUGUCUGAAAAAUUUUUGUAUGUAAGGAAAAAUUACGAUAUGUCUGGAAAUAUUUUCAUAUGUUUAGAAAGGUUACUACACUGUAUGUGGCCAGAAAAUUGUGUACCGUACGGAAAAAAUUUACGACUUCCUACCCCGCCCCCCCGCUCACUAACAAUUUAGGGGGAAAUAUUAAUUAACGACUGAAUUGUUGGCAAAUGCGAUACUACACCCUCCUCCUUCCUCUUUGCUACGGCCCUGCCUUUUGACCCAGUUUUGCAAUCAGGCGACCAGGUUACCGCAGACCACAACGUCUUAUAUCUGUGCGCUGUUGGAAUUAUACUAGUAAAUUAUUUUAGGCUGUGGAAACGGAGCACAAGGUGAAAAUAUUUAUAAACUUGAUGUAACAUUUAGAGAGGACAUUCUCCCAAAGGUAACAACUUUAUUUAUUUAAAUUAAUGAACUUUUUAAUUUUUUGUAAUCUUUUGUUGUCAAACGAAGUGAACUUUUUAAUCAUCCUUCAAUCCUUGAGCUGAGAUAUUCCUAUUUGGUGUUUAUUGUUCGACAUUUUUUAUAUAUAUGCUGAUAUUUUAUGGUGUUUUUUCUAGCUCUGCAAACAUAGAAUAAGUGAUAGAUGUGUGACAAUCACCUUAAAGAAAAAAGACUGUAAGUAUCAAAUAUGGCCCAAUUUUCUUGAAAAAGAACAAUCACAAAUGAAAAAACCAUGGACACGUUCUUACAGUACUUCGGUAGCUAAUAAAUAUUUGAUGGUGAAUGUCAAAUUGGUUUUGGGUACAAAUCAGAGACGGAUCUAUCAGUGGGGUGCAGGGAGGUGUGCACCCUCCCCCCCCCCUAGUGGUGUCCAGCACUUCCUUGAAGAAAACUUUGGUAUAUUCCAUAUUUGAGUUGUGAAUACUACUUAUUAUAUUGAUAGAAACAAUUGAUUAUUGAGUACGCGAGAAAAUAUGGCAGCUGGUCACCAUAUAACGUAGUGCUUUUCUUAAUUUUUCCCCAAAUACAAGUACUGUGAGGACAAAUUUAAAGAAUAACACACUAGUGCUCAUAAUGUAGGAAAUGGCAUUUCAGGGGCUUUAAAUUUCAAACAUUUUCUGGGGGGAGAAUGCCCCCAGACCCCCGUAGUAAUGCACCCCCUCAGGAAAACCUCCACCCCCUCAGGAAAACCUCCACUCCCUCAGGAAAACCUCCACCCCCUCAGGAAAACCCCCACCCCCUCAGGAAAACUUCCACUCCCUCAGGAAAACCUCCACCCCCUCAGAAAAACCUCCACCCCUUCUAACAAAUCAGGCAGAUCCCCCCUGAUACAAAUAUUAUAAAAUCAUGUCAUUCUACCAACAAAGACUUCUUGUAAUGUACAUCAACAGCGAAAUACUGGGAAAGGUUGUUAGCUGACGAUAUCAAACCUGGAUGGUUGAAGAUUGAUUUUGAUCGAUGGCGAGGUGAAGAUGACUCUGAAGACGAACGACAACAAGAGGAAAUAACGGUAUUUUUUAGUUACUGUAUACCUUACGUAAUUAUAAAGCUCAAAUGCUGCAGCUCUGUUUAACACAAGGUUCCAUGUUUACAUGUUGUCUAAUGAAAUUAUUCAUGCCUAAGGGCUAUUAUUAAUCAGACAAUAAAAUAAUCCACUGAAGUAGAAUCCACUAGUCCAAUUUGCUCAUAGGUUAACCCAUUUAGUGGCAGCACACUCCCCCUGAUGAGUUACAAUCGUCUGGCAUUACACAGGGUAAAAUAAUAAAGUAGGGUGCAUUGUUAAGGCCAAUGGAACUGUAGAUUCUGUUUACCGUCCGAGAAUUUAAAAAAUCUGAUGCGGGUUUUUUUUCAUUAUUCAUUUUUCAUUAUUUUUGUUUUUAUCUAUUUUCCGACCAAAAAUGAUCCUUAAAUCGUUUUCUUUUGAUCAUGACCAUCAACACUUUUGUCCAGCAUUUUUUUUUAUCAUUUUUGGGCUUUCCUUUGCGGAAAAUUUUUUUGUCACGCCAUUGUUUUCGAAUUUGCACAUGUCAGACUCGCGAAUUUCCGAGUGUACCGAACAAAUGCCAACUGAUCCAUCAUACAUCGGCGAUGUAUGGCUUUUUAUAUCGAAGAUUUGAUGAUUUGAUGUAUAUUUGAAAGUUUCGAUGCGUAGAAUUAAAAAUAAUGACAAAUAAUGAACAUAAUUAAGAAUAAUGAAAAAUUCUUGCGGUAGUUUCAAGCACAUGCGGGCGGUGGACGGUAAACAGAAUCUACAGUUCCAUUGGCCUAAAUGGUUGAUUAAUAAGAGAUCUGGGCUGAUCACAGCAGAUAAUCUGGUCAACCCAUUUAUGCCCAAUAGUCACUCCUUGAUAGGUGAAUUUAUUUGGCAUUAACUGUUGGUUUAGAGUAUCCCAAUUUGCUUGCUGGUUUGUUAAUCUCUGUGUUAUUUUAUAUCAGAGAAUAUCUGUUGAGCAUAGAAACAAGCAAAUGGAAUCACAGCUGCAAGACCAUGUCAGAGAGGCUGAAGAAGAAGGUUUGACUCACUGAUACUUUUUUUGUUUGAUUAAAAACAACUAGAAAAGUGUUGACAUACAGAACAUGUUUUUCCUUUAACCUUUAGUUAAAGAAUUGGUGAUAAAGGGAUAUCUUUCAAUUUACAAUAGCAUCCAAGGCAUUGCAUUUUUCUACAUCACAUUUGCUGUUUUAAUCAAGCUUUUAUUGAAUGGUGCUGGUAGGUUUCCCCGUUAAUGUUUGGAAAAUUUGCCAGAAAGAGGGGCCAGGACUAUAUGGUAAAGACAGUUGUCAAUUGUAACAAGCCCAUUGAGUUAUUAAAGCUAGCUUGUUGCAAUCAGGUCCGUCAUGAAACUGAUCCAGCAUGUUGAAACAAUUUUAUAGCAAGUCUGCUGCAGCCUGUAACAAUUAAUUGGUGCUUUGUUACGUGUAUAUAGAUGCCGUUCCUCGAAUAUACGAUGACGUCAGUGAUUUACUAGCCACGUGUCAGAUUGCAGCAUUUAUUGAGCCAAUCAACGCCGCGUUUAAGUUGGUGCACACUGGUGUUUUUGCUCCUCUGGCGCAGGUAGGGGAUAUGGGGAGUACUUGAAUGUUUUUUUUGUGUGUUUGUCGUUCUCAACGUUCAUGGCCCAGUCAAAUGAGAACAAGAGUUGCAUGAGAGUUGAGAAGCAAGAGUUUGCACGAGAGCUUUGCAUGAGAGGUGAUGAGAGUUGAGAAGCGAGAUUUUGCAUGAGAGUUUUCUCCACUCUCGUGUCCCGGUCAAAUGAGAACAAGAUUUGCAUGAGAGUUGAGAAGCGAGAUUUUGCAUGAGAGUUUUCUCAACUCUCAUGUCCUGGUCAAAUGAGAACAAGAUUUGCAUGAGAGUUGAUGAGAGUUGAGAAGCAAGAGUUUGCAUGAGACUUUUCACAACUCUCAUGGUCCAGUCAAACGAGAACAAGAGUUGCAUGAGAGUUGAGAAGCGAGAGUUUGCAUGAGAGUUUUCUCAACUUUCGUGUCCCGGUCAAAUGAGAACAAGAUUUGCAUGAGAGUUGAUGAGAGUUGAGAAGCAAACUUGUGGCUUUAUGUAUCAUUGUAUUGUACAACGUACGGUAUAAUGCAAUUUUUUAUAGCUAAUAUGCAUGUCAGAUUUUAAUUGCGCCAAUUUCUUCUUCAGUGUAUUGGUCGUUUUAUUGCGCUGUUCCUGGUCAUCACACCUCAUGAGGAGUUGCAGAAAAGUGUCUUAGUCGUUGUUCUAUUUCUCGCGUGGUCGCUUAUUGAGAAUGUUAGGUAGGACCACUGUUCAUCUGAUUCUUUCUGUGACACUUAAGGCCAAUUUACACGACACAACUUUUGCCUAAAACUGUCGCAUACAACCUGCUUACAACUUGAAUUGUACUGUGUAAAUCAAUGCACGCUUGUCUUUCAAGCUCGGAUCUCUACUCAAGGUCUUAAAAUCAUUGAGGAGAAAGUGCUAUACCUUCAUAUUGACAUCAGUAAAUGGUUAGACUUUCGUGUAUUUGGGAACUAUAAACACGAGAUCAUCAAGUUGAUUGGAAACCGGCCAAUCAAAUUCGAAAGUUUCGCAUCAAAUUAUCGAAAUUCGUUAUGAAAUUCCGAACCAAGUUCGCAAGCAAGUUCGAAAAUUGCAAACGAUUUUGACGGUAAAUUUUAAAAACUAAACUUAUUGUAUUAAACUUAUUAUAAUUUCAAACCUGAAAUUAUUAUUAUUAUGAUAUUAUUUAUUAGUAAAUGAAUAAGUUUAAUACAAUAAGUUUAGUUUUUAAAAUUUACCGUCAAAAUCGUUUGCAAUUUGCGAACUUGGUUCGGAAUUUCGUAACGAAUUUCGAUAAUUCAGAUGCGAAACUUCCGAAUUUGAUUGGCCGGUUUCCAAUCAACUUGAUGAUCUCGUGUUUAUAGUUCCCAAAUUCCCAACCAAUCUCGCAACUGGCGCGGCCAAAGUUUCGUGAAAUCAACUUUAGGCAAAAGUUGCAUGUGUAGUGUAAAUAGAUGAUGAAUUCCAGCUAUAGACUAACUUUUGAUCUAGGCAAGAAGAACAAAAUCCAUCACCACAGCUAGAAAGAGCAUGUUAAAAUUAGUAAAAUUGCAAAGUUUGGCCGUGAAAUGUUGUAAAAUGCGGAAAAUAUAGCCCUGUGAAAUUUGCAAAUUUUGUAUUAAUUUGUAUUACGCGCGGGAAAAUGCACCACAUUUGGGACGAAAGUGCAUUGUGUAUUUUCUCAUGCGUACUAUACAAAUUAAUACAAAAUUUGCAAAUUUCGUAGGGCUAUAUUUUCCUCAUUUUACAACAUUUCGCAACCAAACUUUGCAAUUUUACUAAUUUUAACAUGCUCUUUCUAGCUGUGUUCUUCUUAGUGCCGAGAUCAAAAUUUAGUCUUGGAAUCAUCUAUUGGCCUUUAUGAACUAGUUAAAUCCAAAACUUUUAAAUUUUGUUUUCGUUUUAUUCCAUGCAGGUAUCCGUUUUAUUUACUUCAAACAGUCGGUUACUGUCCAAAAUGGCUGCUCUGGUUGCGAUAUACAGCCUGGAUCCCGUUGUAUCCUCUGGGUCUCAUAACUGAGGGUACUGUAAAUACCUAAACAAUUUUGUCCUUGACAUGUUUCUGUCUGAGGAUGAGAGUUAUGGCAGUCACGUAUACGAUUGUUGCGGGUGACAUUCCAUUGACAAUUUUUUGCUUGCCAAGCAGCCUCGUUCCAAAGCUAUAGUCAUGCGACUCAUGCCAGCUUUUGGACAAGGAAAAUUUGUUCGUAUGUACGACCACCAAUUAGGAAAACUUGACAAGUGUAUAAUAAAUACAUCUAUGGUUUUGCCAAACAAAAGGCUGCAUUGACGUGAGAUAAAUGUUUAACAAUAAUCCGCAUACAUACGAGCAACAAUUAAACUUGUCAAGGUCAUUCAAAUGAAUCAAAUCGAUAAACAACGAGUUGAAACUUGCUCGUGUGUGAUCGUGCAUUAAAAAUCAUUGUAUUUUCCUGUUCUCUUUCUUGCAAUUUGGUCUUAUAGUCUCACCAUUGCCAAGUAACUCGCUUACUCGCCUCGCCGGGUAACUGGCCUCCAUAUAAACAGGCCCUUAUAGGUUCCGUUUACACUAUACCGGAUUGCAUCGGAGCGUCGCGAUUUUCAUACCGGAUUCGGCUGCUGUUUACACUACGCCACAGUAAUCCGGUACGCGACGCGGCAUAAAAAUCACUCCGCUUUGGAGGUGAUAUGAAAAGUAAUCCGGUAUGUGCCGGAGCAGUGUAAACAGGCUAAUCCGGUACGCUUCGGUACAAAAUCGGUUUUGGCAUGUAUGUUUUAACAUUGUCGCCUUUAUUUGCUUGCUUUUACAAUACUUUAUAGCUGUUGUUUGUUUCGCAUUGCAACCAUUUACUAUUUCUGCCGAAUACAAAUAAAGAAAACGAUAAUAACAUUGACUUUUCGCUGUCGAAAGAGCAAAAUUUAAUUUAAAGAAAUACUCGUCAAUUUUGGAUUAGAGCGAAACGAAGCAACGUCUGGUGGUCAAGCUUUUUAAACAAAGUUAUACUUUACAAAGAAAACGGGUACUACUUCUUGUUUUUAAUAAAUUUUGGUAUAUUGGCUAUUUGUUUUCAUGGCGACAGUGAAAGACAUGAGCUGGCAACAGAGCGAAGCGGCAUAGUGUAAACACCCGUGUUUUUUUACUUCGGAGUAAAAAUUAAUCCGGUAUGAAAAGUAAUCCGAUAUAGUGUAAACGGGGCCAUAGUGUUUAACAUUGAGUAAGUUCCCUCAAACAUUUCUUACAAAUCCUUCAGAACGUAGAAUUUACCCAUGCAAAAUUCCUACUGUGAUCACAGAAACUUUGAUAGUGUAAACAAGACUCUUCCUUCUUUAUUUAGGAGUAUUGAUAUACCGAGCAGCUAACUUGUUUCAUGCUACCAGUCGUUGGUCACUUUCUCUCAAUUUCAUUACGGAUGUUUCCAUUCCAUUUUCAAUCUUUUUGAGAUUGUAUUUACUAAUCUUGGCGUUGGGUGAGUCGCCCUUGAAAACAAAUACAGUU